CGUAGGGAUGCGCUGGAAGGGAGAGAAGGGCAGUCGGCCGCUCCUACUCGGCCUGUGCGGUUCUUGACCUCUCUCUCUCUUCCGCUCACUCCCGUUCUCGCGUCUCACGACCGAAUGCAUCGACAGUAAGCAUGGCGUCGUCUAAGGUGGCACGACGGCGUGCGGGGAGCCUCCCGAAGGAACCCCCGCCGCCCCCGGCCGUGAACGGCGAGAAACCGGACAAGGAAUACGCCCUGGACAACUUCGAGAUCCUCAAAACCAUCGGGACGGGGACGUUCGGUCGUGUGUGUCUGUGCCGCGAGAGGGACAGUCGGACGUACCAAGCCCUCAAGAUCAUGGCGAUGGCGGAUGUCAUCCGGCUCAAGCAGGUGGAGCACGUUCGCAACGAGAAGUCCAUCCUCCUCGCCGUCCGGCAUCCCUUCGUUGUGGAACUUUUGGGGUGCUGGCACGACCAGACCUUUCUUUACAUGCUGACCGAGUUCGUGUGCGGCGGGGAGCUCUUCUCCUUCCUCCGUUCCGCCGGCCGAUUUCCCAGCUCCACUGGCAAGACAUGGACUCUGUGCGGGACACCGGAGUACCUUGCACCCGAGAUUAUCCAGUCGAAAGGUCACAACAAAGCCGUCGAUUGGUGGGCUUUGGGGAUCCUUAUCUACGAGAUGCUGUCGGGAUAUCCCCCGUUCCUGGAUGACAAUCCGUUUGGGAUCUACGAGAAGAUCUUGGCCGGGCGGGUGGAAUGGCCCCGGCACAUCGACCCCGUCGCCAAGGAUCUCGUCAAGAAACUCCUCGUCCACGACCGCACCAAACGACUCGGAUCCAUGAAGAACGGUGCCGAAGAUGUGAAGAGGCACCGAUGGUUCAAGAACAUCGACUGGGAAGACGUCUUUUACCGGAAAGUUAAGCCCCCGAUCGUGCCGAAGGUGAGCUACGAUGGGGACACGCGUAACUUUGAAGAAUACUCAGAGGUCGACUGGCAGAAGAAGCCAACCGUCUCGGAGGAGGACCUCCAGCUUUUUGAGGACUUCUGACCUCGUUUCACCUUCCUUCCUUUCAUAUUUUUUGUUUGACUGUGAUCAAGGCCGGAGCUUCGCCAACUUAUCAUCCUUUUAAUCAAGCGUCUAUUCUGUCGGUCCCGUGCAAUUUCCAAAAAUAUAUAGGAAAAAGAAUUUUUUUAAUGCCUA